AUGUCCUCUGGCCUGUCUCACUACAAAGGUCGACGCUGUCCGUUUUACUCGUUCUCUGGUCUGUCUCACUACCCACCCUCGUUGACACUGUUUCGCGUGUCCUCUGGCCUGUCUCACGACAAAGGUCGACGCUGUCCGUUUUACCCGUUCUCUGGUCUGUCUCACUACCCACCCUCGUUGACACCGUUUCGCGUGUCCUCUGGCCUGUCUCACUACAAAAGUCGACGCUGUCCCUUUUACUCGCUCUUUGACCCGUCUCACUACCCACUCUCGUUGACACCGUUUCGCGUGUCAUCUUGCCUGUCUCACUACAAAAGUCGACGCAGUCCGUUUUACUCGCUCUUUGACCCGUCUCACUACCCACCUUCGUUGACACCGUUUCGCGUGUCCUCUGGCCUGUCUCACUACAAAAGUCGACGCUGUCCGUUUUACUCGCUCUUUGACUCGUCUCACUACCCAGUCUCGUUGACACCGUUUCGCGUGUCCUCUUGCCUGUCUCACUACAAAAGUCCACGCUGUCCGUUUUACUCGCUCUUUGACCCGUCUCACUACCCACUCUCGUUGACACCGUUUCGCGUGUCAUCUUGCCUGUCUCACUACAAAAGUCGACGCAGUCCGUUUUACUCGCUCUUUGACCCGUCUCACUACCCACCCUCGUUGACACCGUUUCGCGUGUCCUCUUGCCUGUCUCACUACAAAAAUCGACGCUGUCCGUUUUGCUCGCUCUUUGACCCGUCUCACUACCCACCCUCGUUGACACUGUUUCGCGUGUCCUCUGGCCUGUCUCACUACAAAAGUCGAAGCCGUCUGAUUUUCUCGUUCUCUGGUCUGUCUCACUACCCACCCUCGUUGACACCGUUUCGCGUGUCCUCUGGCCUGUCUCACUACAGAAGUUGCUCUCUCUUUGACCCGUCUCACUACACGGCCCCGUUGAUGCUGUCUGCUUCGCUCACAAUCUGA